AUGUCCGACUCACUCCAUCUAUACAACCUUACCCUAAAGGACUCAUCCCACUAUACUCACACUCUACUAGGACAGUUCCAUCCCAAGGAUCCCGCCACACAAUUCCUUGUCCUCAUCUCACCCACCCACAUCGACCUAGUCCAACCAAACCCUGACACCGGCAAGCUUCAACUCAUCCACCAUCAAAAGGUUAUUGGCGUAAUCAACCAAGCCAGUGUCAUCCGCGUCGAAGAACUCGAUCAUGUAGUGGUUACAAGUGAUUCCGGAAACUUAUCAGUGCUAAAGUUCGACGGAACCAAAUUCGUUCCCGCGAUGAACAUCGGGAUGACCAAGAAUGGAUGGGGUAGAACAUACCCCGGUGAAUUUCUCGCCGUUGACCCGUCUAACCGGUGUGUAUUCACAAGUGCCGUGGAAAAGAACAAGUUGAUAUAUAAAGUCGACUCCGAGUUGAGCUCCCCGCUCGAAGCCCACUUCAAUGGUGUUUGUCUUGGAGUGUGUGCCUUGGAUACCGUUUACGAAAACCCCUGUUUUGCUGUGUUGGAAAUGGAAGACCAAGUAGCGUUGAACUAUUAUCACUUGGAUCUCGGAUUGAACCAUAUCAUCAAGUCGAAAAGUGACCCAAUCCCCCAGGAUGUGAACUAUGUCAUUGGGUUGCCUGGUCAUAUUGGCGGUGUUCUCGUUCUGGGAACCAAUUGGAUGUGCAUUGACCGCAAGAACGAAAGGAAAUUCUUUCCCUUACCGAGAAGGAAAGGCCAGGAUACGAUGAUCACCAGCCAUGUGUUGCACAGAUUGAAAAAGAACGAGUUUUUCAUCUUAAUUCAGAGCAGUUUGGGGGACUUGUACAAGGUUGUCGUUGAGUAUGAUAAUGAUCGAGAAGUUGUCAAAGAUGUCAUUGUUAGUUAUUUCGAUACGAUUCCUCCAUGUAUAAGUUUAAAUAUUUUCAAAAGUGGGUUCCUAUUUGCUAAUGUAUUGAAUAAUGACAAAUUGCUUUACCAAUUUGAAAAAUUAGGAGACGAAUCGACCACAGUUAUCAAAUCCUCUCAAUACCCAGACCAUACCGAAGAGGUUAACAUCACAUUGAAAGCUCUUGAUAAUCUUGCCCUUAUAGAUAUCCAUGAAAGCCUCAGUCCAAUCCUUGAUGCAAAACAAACACCUUCCAACAUGCUUGUGCUUUCAUCACACUACCUCAAACAAGUCACACGAGGUAUACCGACUACAGAAAUUGUGUCUACCCCAUUACCAUUCACGCCUACGUCUGUAUACACCACAAAGCUCACCCAAGCAUCCGUUCACGACUCCUACCUCGUGGUUACAUCCUCACUUGCCUCACAAACCCUUGUUCUUUCCAUUGGUGAAGUAGUCGAGGAAGUGCCCGACUCGAAGCUCGUGACUGACCAACACACACUUUCCAUCCAGCAGAUGGGAAAAUCCAGUCUUGUACAAGUGUACACCAACGGAAUAAGACAAAUAGGACACAAAGUGACCGACUGGUUCCUGCCUGCCGGUAUUACCGUGACCCACGCCUCCACCAAUGCCAACCAAGUAAUCAUCGCCAUGUCCAAUUGUGAAGUGGUGUAUUUUGAGAUUGACGUGGAUGACCAAUUGAUUGAGUAUCAACAACGACUCGAGCUUACAUCGUCGAUAACUUCCCUUGCAAUCAGUGAUACCAGAAGUGACGUGGCUGUGAUUGGGUGUGCCGAUGAGACGAUCCAGGUUGUGUCACUAGCCGAGUCUGAUUGUCUUGAUGUCAAGUCCUUGCAGGCACUUAGUGCUAAUGCUUCUAGUUUGGUCAUGAUUGAAAACACAGUGCAUAUCGGGAUGGAAAACGGGGUGUAUGCUCGGACAAAGCUCGAUAUUAAACAGCUCAAAGACACAAGAGUGCAGUAUCUUGGAUCAAGACCGGUGCUGAUGUCAAGAAUAAGCGUCGGUGACACUGCUGGUGUGUUGGCGAUAUCUAGUAGUGCAUGGAUUGGAUACACUCAUGACACAUGGAGGAUCAUGCCAUUGUUAGAUAUUGACAUCUCUAGCGCUGCUUCAUUCAAUUCCGAAGAUAUUGAAGGGAUAGUAGGGAUCCACGGGAAUGAACUUGUGAUAUUCUCGCUUGGCACUGAAGACGGGUUUGACCCGAGUCAUGAAUGGACCAUCAAGAAGCUGAGAUUGAGAUAUACUCCCAGAAGAAUGGUGGUUGAUGGUGAGAAGGUUUACGUUAUUGAAUCUGAGUAUGGGAUUAAAAGUCCCUACCAUACUCAAGACACCGAUCAGGACUACUAUGAUGCAUUUGGAUAUGAACGAGGUGGACCCGGUGCGUCCUGCAUUCAAGUGGUUAUCAAUGAGGAGGUAACACAGAGUAUAGAGUUGGAACACACGGCGAUAUCCAUGACGAAAGUGACGUUCAAGAAUCAACCAUGUUUGGUGGUGGGUGUGACUACAAAACAAACCUAUCUUCCAACAUCACACGACGAGUGCUUCUUGUACACUUACAAGAUCGGUGAUACUCUUGAACUACUCCAUCGUACUAAAUUGACCAUCCGCCCAACGGUAUUGAUUGCAUUUAAUAAUCGAGUUCUAGUCGCUUCUGGAAAUCACAUCUUGCUAUAUGAGCUUGGACAAAGUCAGCUCCUUAGAAAGUCAGCCAGUGUGCUUGCCUAUCUUGCCCAAAUCAACAAUGUCAUACAUAUAGAAUCUAGUCGUAUUGUCAUCACUGAUGCCCAUUCAAGCAGCAUCUCCUAUGCAAAGUUCGACACGGGGUUGAAUCAAUUUGUCGGGUUUGCCGAUGAUGUAAUCAAGCGACAAGUCACUGCGAUUGUUUCAGUCGAUUACGACACCGUGAUAUCGGGGGAUAAGUUUGGGAAUAUCCGCGUGAGCCGAGUCGACGAGGAGGUUUCCAAACAGACUGACGAGCAUUGGAGCUUUAUCAAACAGAGUGAUGGAUUGUUUAAUUCCACAGGGUCAAAGUUGAAGAGUCUAGCGUCGAUCUACGUCCAUGACACACCUAUAAAAAUGAUGAAACUGAAGGAUUGUAUCGUGUGGACGGGUCUCAUGGGGACCAUAGGCAGUUUCAUUCCAUUGUUGACCACUUCUGAGGUUGACUGGUUGCGAAAGUUGGAGCUUGCCAUGCGCAACCAAGUGGUUAACUUGCUCGAGAAGGAUCACUUGAAGUCGAGAAGUUAUUAUGAUCCAGUCAAGUGUGUGAUCGACGGUGACUUGCUUGAAAUGUACUAUAGUCUCUCUAUGGAUGUGAAGUUAUCCAUUGCCCGCCAAGUGAAUCGGUCACCACUGGAAAUUGAAAAGAAACUUGAGAAUUUACGCAACAGAGUAACUUAA